UGGGUGAAGCGAUUCUUAUAUGGUGCUGUCCAUCAUAUUCCAACACAUAACAUACUUCCAAGCUGGACGUAAACUUAUCGAAGGCUCAAGAUGUCAUCGGAUGAAAUGUUCUCGUUUCCAGUUACUGUAACGUUCGCCAUUUGUAUAUCUAUGAUUUAGAUACUUGAUGGUCCCGAUGGUGAGGAAAAUUUCGAGAUGGCGCGUGCUCGUAUUUGGCAGCUAAGUUGCAAGUCUGGUUGGAAUUUCGACCGACUUGUUGCUGAUUUAACUCCAUCUAGUCAGUGCGAGCUAACUUUUGAGAUGAUUCAUAUGGUGUCGUACGUUAAAAAAGUUGCUCCGCCUGGAACGCUGAGUGUUUUUCCGUCACCAUUUCAAAGUGCCGAGUCAUGGGUCAGGGACAGAUGGAUUUUUCGAGAGAACAACUCAGCUAAAUCUACGGAACAUACUUUACCACUUAAAAAGGGAUUAAGAACCGCUGAUCCUGUAUCUCCCUCAAACCGUGCCUUUAAUAAUGAAGAACUGAAGAAUAAGAAAGUAAUGAAAGUUGACCAGGAUUCGACUAUGACAGUGUCGAUACCUACCGUACACAGAGCCAAUCGUUCACUCCCUGGAUUUCAAACUAUUUUACAAUGUGGGAAGACACUUGACGAUGAUACUUUAUUGGGGAAGACUGACACAGAAACGUCUUAUGAAUAUCCUAGCUUAUCGCUAAUUCAUUCGUCGAAUUCACAGCAAGAAACCUUGCAUUAUCCGUCUGACUCACCUCCUUAUAUGCUUGUCCAGAGAUCAAGAGAAUCACUGGAGAAGAAUUAUAAGUCGUCUUCAAAACAGAUUUCUACUAGAGGUCCUCUUAAAAGUGAUAGUGGCUCCAAACGAAAUAAUAGUGGACAUUUUCUUAUGGAUAGUGAAAAAAGCCGAAACCUGAUAAACUCAGAAAACACCGAUAUCGGUCAGUCGAAAUCAAAUAUGCUGAAUAUAUUUUAUGAUCCGUUGGGAUUAGAAACAACUAAUUGUGAUGACAGUGGUUAUCCGGUAGUUGGCAGUAUUAAAAAGAUGUCUAAUCCUUCACAUAGUUUUCAUCCAUCUGAUGGCAAACACAAUCUGCUUGAAUCUAAAGACAAUGCUCUAAAUGUUAUUAGCACAAAAAUGAAUGUUUGUAUGGAUGAUACGUUUUUAUUGGAAUUUUUAGACAGAAAUUUGACUGGAACUGAUUCCAAAACUAAUGUCGAUUUCGCCGAACGAUGUGGUUUAAAUUCUCCAACAGCCUUUGUCGAAGAUAUGAUUAAAAAAGCACAGAAAACUUUAAAUCAUCAGUAUAAAUGCUAACAGUUUUUUAAUUAACUUUCCAUUCCGUUUUUUCUGUAUUAAUCUCAACUGCAUUGAUAUACCAUAGAACAGUCCGACGUUUUACUGCGGGUGUUUCGAAUUCUGAUUUGUCUUAGUUGUAAUCUUCUAGCAUAUCUAUAUCUAUCCUUAAAUUUUCCUUAAGUCACUAUAGUAAUUCGAGUUACGACAUCCAUUUUGAUAACUGUAUAUUUUAAUGAGAGGUUAAAUGUUAUUAAAACCAUGUGAUA